CACAUGGCAAACUCAGCGCAUCCUUUAUUGGAGAACACGUACCACACUCUACAGAAUGCUGAGAUGCGUGGAAGUCCCAGCAAUGCCAGCCACGUUUCUGCUCUGACACAGCGAAUUCUCUCAGAAGUCUACAUCGCGGCAGCGAAAGCGGCAUCAAUAGCCGUGAGUGAGUCACUUGGAAGUGGUAGCAUGGACGCUGUAAAUCAGACCAUUGGUGGUUCCGGAAGUUAUCGACCCAACUCGCAUUACGCUGAAUCCGCCUCCAUGAUUGGUGGAAGCAUUUCGGCUUUGGAUGGACUUGGCGGCUAUCCAGUGCCCACACCAAAUGGCGUGUCGCGAAUGCGAAAAUCGCCCAACACACGCACAACUACCCCGACCUACCAGGGUCAUUUAACUCCUCAGCCCUUCCCCUCGACACCGCAGUUUAUGGGCCAGCAAAUUCUCCGCCCACGCAUUCCCUCACAGACUGGACCCAGCUACGGAUGGGCUUCGCCCAUGCUGACACCUCAAGCCACAAUGAGGUUAAAUGAGGCCGCAAAUGCUCUAGCAGCAGCUGCAGCUGCUGCAGUCCUAGAGGCUACCGGGGCUACACCUGACCUCGGAGUCCAAGGUGGUGGCGCUCACGCUUCUCGGUUCAGCGGUAGUGCAAGCGGAGGCGGUGGUGGAGGUAAUGGUGGCCUGGGAACCAGCAGUGAGGAUGGAGAAAGCAUUUCUUCAAACUCUUUUUUCCCCAGAGGUCCCGAUGGUAAAACCUCCAGCCAAGAAGCUAAUAUGAAGGGUCAGAGAAAAAAGCCAGUACAAAGUGCUUGUAAAGGAUCUCUUCCAAACGCGGGAAUGGAGUCCCUCCUUCCGAUGCUGACCAUCUCCCCCAACAUACCUUCAAACUACCCCCAAAUAAUGGAUCCACGCGGCACCCGGACAUCUCCUGGAGAACUUCCUCCCUACUUUCCAUCCACACCCAUGGAGGGUAUGUGGAUGCAGAACUUCCAGCCCAUUGACAACCCCAGAACAGGCGAGGAAUCUAAAUUUAAUCCCUACCCCAAUGCACAACUCGAAGCUGGUAAUAGUGCUUCAACAACCGGUAUGGUCUCCUCUUUCGCCAAGCCACCUCCUUCUACUGUCGGCAACAGACCAUCAGCCAUUAAUCUUCAACCUUCCUCAAGCUCCGCCAGUUACACUAAGGAUGACAAUAACCCCAACGACAACACUCUGCGGGCUAAUCCCGACAUACAGAGCUUAAAACGGUCUGAACAACCUGAACAGCAGUCAAUGCCAUCCCCACCAUCUCAGACGACUGCCGAACUCCAAAAAUAA